AUGGGGUUUGAGUUAGCUUCGGGCAUUAGGGUUAAUUUUCAUAAGAGCAAUCUGAUUGGGGUUAAUGUUGACCUUUUCUUCUUUUCCUUAGUUGAUAAUUUUCUCCAUUGCAAGAUUGAGUUUCUUUCCUUUAAGUAUCUAGGGAUUCUAGUAGGGGGUAGAGUCACCCUUUUUAAGCAUGUUCUCAAUGUUAUUCAUGUGUUCCUCCUUUCAUUCCUAAAGAAGCAUGUGAAAGUAUGGAAGAAGUUUGUUAGAAUUCAAAGGAUAUUUCUUUGGAGAGGUGUGAAAGGGGAUUCUAAGAUCUCAUGGGUGAGAUGGUCUGAUGUGUGUGAGUCUAAGAAGGCUGAUUUAGUGCUUCUAGAUAAAUAA